ACCUUUUUCAGGUCCUAGGUUUUUCAAGUAAGUUAGAGAGUUAGAAAAACAUUUUUGGAUCAAAAAAUUCGUCAUUAGCUAAAGUAUAUUGAGCAUUAUUCAUAUCUCAAAAAAUCUCACUUUCAUUUUUCCACCUAAUGUCCACGUGAUUGCCCACUGUGCAGCACACGAGAUUGCACAUGCGGUAGAGAACAAUGAAAAGUUUACAAAAACUUAGAGCAGUUGAACACAUCUACCUCAGGUGUAUUCUUUUUCUAUUUCUUUGUUCAAAACUUUGUUCCUCCAUAUAUUUUUGCAGUGGCAGCACACCUCUAGACGAUCACUUAAGUCAAAUGUCAGCAUACUUUUUAUUUCAUACGAUUGAUGUGAUAAAGGUGUAAUAAUUAUAUCUCAUGGUGAGGUUAGGCUGACUAUUCCGUUAAAUGAUCUUUUAAAGCAUUUACGUUUGAGUUAGGUAUAAAUCAAAGCUAGCUCUACUUGCUUUCACUUUUCUGCAUCAGUCUCCAGAAUCGAAGCAUAUCAGAUGAUUAGCAAGGGAUAAAAGUUGAGGUUUCCGCGUUUCGCCGGAUAUACCGAGUUUAGAUGCAAAUUGCACAUUCUGUAACCAAAAAAAGUUUUGGGUGCGAAGACUUGUGGUUAGUAAAAAAUGUAAUCGCUACAAUAGUUUUUAGAUCUCUGACCGUUCAUCUUUAAUUUCUCUUCACGCGUUAUUUAGGUACGUUGGACAAUAAACUUUCUGGAAAAGGCAUCAAACGUUAUAGUAAUGGCGACAUUUACGACGGAAACUGGUCAAAUGAUCAUCAACAUGGAAAAGGAAUAAUGAAAUGGAAACAGGGCAGCCAAUAUGACGGAGAAUGGAAGAACGGCAUGAUGACUGGUCAUGGGCUAUAUUCUUGGCCAAGUGGUCAACGAUAUGAAGGACAUUGGCAUAAUGAUGAAAAGAGUGGCCAAGGAGUUAAUUUCUAUACUUCUGGAGAUAAGUACGCUGGCGGAUGGCAAAAUGAUCAAAAACAUGGAACUGGCGUGUAUACAUAUGCGAAUGGAACCGUCAGAAAAGGAACGUGGAAAAACGACGUAGAAAUCAAUCCGUAA